UUUCUCUUUUUCCUUUUUAGAUCGUUUAACCAUACACAGCCUAAGCGUUCUGGGUGAAUCAUCCUUACAUCGCCCCUAAAUAUCCUGGGUCUGAGCCCGAGCUUAAUACCAAAAAUAGACAACAUCCCUCUCAAUUAGACACUAACCACCCUCUAAAUUUAAAACAUUUUUAUCAUUAUUAGAAUUGCAUUUAAUAAAACAGUUAAAGCAACUGGAAAAGUUCGACAUUCUUAUACUGGAAUUCAAGAUGAAAGAUUAUAUUAUACUUAUCUUGACACGUUAAAUAGAGAAGAAAGUUACAUUUUAAUAUUUUCAAUACAAUUGGGGAAUAAUGGAAAAAAUUUUGCAAUUUUAACUGAUGAAAUGAAUGGAAAUGUUUAUGAUUAUGGAAAUUAUGUUCUUACAAAUUUUGGGAAUAAAAGCAUUCAGGAAAUUGUAGAAGAAGAUGGGGCAAUUGCAAUGAUUGGACCUGACAUGAAUUUGGAAGGAAAGCUUUUGCUGUCUAAAAACAUUCAAUUUUUACCGGUAACAAACGAAUCAUGCAGCAUUCACACAGUUGAUAUAAAAAUAAAUAAUGUAACAAUUGAGAAGGAAAUAAGUUGUUAUAAACGUUCACCAAAUAUUUGUGAUCAACUUGGUCUGGAGGAAUACAACAAACAAAAUAAGGCAUUCAGUGAACUUUUGGAAUUGUAUGAAAAAUGCCCUUGCUAUACUUGGGAACCUCGUCCACCCUCCAUAACAGAUGACAGAUUAAUUGUCCAUCCCGGAGCUAGAGAUAAACGAAAUGUUAAAAAUGAUACUUUGUUAGGAACUCGGGAUGCUGAGGGAUUAGUUUAUGGUUGUGAAGAUGCUAGGUAUUUUGUUUUGGGUGAUAUUGCAUUGCGUUAUGAUGAUAUCCUCCAAGAGCUAGAAAUACAGCGUAAAUGUAAAUUUUUAUUCUGGGGAUUGUUAAUUAAAGUCCUAGCAAGCAGGGGUGAAUCGGAAUUCCGAAUUUCUGACAGUUCCGAGUCCCGACACCGUCGUCAUUUCCGAUUAACCUCUGAUAGCAAGCAAGCUUAUUUCCAACGAAUUAGAAACAUUAAAUUAAUUAUUACUAAUUUAAGGCUGUAA